AUGGCCAAGCAAAGAGGAAGAAGAGUGCAGAAAUCUUCCUUCAGAGAGAGACCUGAAGGACAGGAAGAAAUAGUGGAAACAUCUGUGGUUGGGGAUAUUUCUGACCAUGAGCAAUUCGAAGCGAAAGAUCAAAAGACUGAAAAAGCUAAUGGAGAGUUUUCAACAGUGUUUUAUGGUUUGGUCGACUCUAGUGAAAUUGACUACUUCAAGCAGGCCGAGUCUACACUCAAUGUGAAUGCUUUUGAGAGUGACGAAGAUCGUUCUGGGUUCAUCAGGUCCAUUUUGGAAGAAUCUAGAGGCAAGGAAUUGAAGCUUGUCACCAACCAGAUCUGCUCAAAAUUGAUGGAGAGGUUGGUAUUAUUUGCUUCCGACCGUCAACUCAAGCAUAUUUUCCACCUGUUUAACGGCCAUUUCCCUGCGUUAGCUCACCACAAAUACUCAUCGCAUGUACUUGAGACCUUGUUGGUUAGAAGUGCUGCAUUGAUCGAAAAGGAAUUGCUCAAUACCGAACAAGACGAACAGGAACUUGAGGAAGACAACGAGGAAGACAACUUCGUUGCCACCACUAGUAUGGAGUCCAUGUUCAUCCAAAUGUUGACUCAGUUUCAGCCAUAUUGGUACGAGAUGAUUCAACACCAAUAUGCCUCUCAUGUUAUGAGAAUCAUUAUCUUAAUUACCUCAGCAAAGGAGUUACCUUCCUCUACCAAAGCCAACUCUGUAUUGAGAUCAAAAAAGUCUAAAGUAGCGAGAAAGAUGAUUGAAAUCAAGGACAAUGAUGACUUCAACAGAGCUUUCCAGGUUCCUCCUUCGUUUAAGGAACAAUUGCACACUAUUGUGACUUCUGUCAGCUCUAGACUUGAUACAAAGUCUGCUAGGGAGCUUGCUAUUCACAAGGUGGCUUCUCCUGUUCUUCAGCUCAUCAUUAGAAUUGAAGGUAUCUUUGAUAGAGACCGUGCUGUUUGGCACUUGCUAUUUUUGUCUGACAAGGAAGGCAAAGACCCCAAGGAAGAGGCAUUCGUGGAGUACCUUUUGUCUGAUUCUGUCGGGUCUCACUUUCUCGAGGCUACCAUCAAGAAUGAUGGUGCUAGAAUGAAAUAUAUCGAGAGACUCUAUAAACUCUACAUGAAAGACAGAGUAUCGAAGUUAGCCAAGAGGGCCACCACCGGUGUUUAUAUCGUUCAAGCGUUGCUCUUCAAGUUGAAGCCUGGAGAAGUGGAGUACAUUUUGGAUGAACUCAUUCCUCAGUUGUCCAAUUUGAUUUCUAUCUCCGAGAAUCAAAACAUUGAUUUGGGUAAAUCUGUGAUUGAUGCGUCGAUUGCAAGAAAGAAUUACAGAAGAGAUGAGCUCAUUGAUCAACUUUUCCUUAAAUUUGCUCCAAACUUCAACCGUCAAGACCCCAGUGAUGACACAACCACUGAAUUGUUCGAGAAUGUUCUCCAAUUGACUGGAUCUACGUUGGGAAACACCAGAGACGACUGGCCAACUGCUGAAGAACGUAGAAGAUCGCUCUUCUUGGAAAAAUUGAUGGAGUACGACUACUCGUUUGUCGUUUGUGCCUGGUAUAACUGUAUGGCCUUGCCUAUUGAGAGAUUCAUCCAAAUGUGCAUGCACGGUGUGUUCUCCCAUGUGAUUGAGGGGGCAUUGGUUGUUCUUCCAGCUUCUGAGGGUGAACCAAAGCCCGUUCUUAUUUCCAGAAAGAAGUUCUUGAACUUAUUUUCUGGUAAAAUUUUUGAGUUGGUGUGCAAGUCAUACGGAUCUCACAUUGUAGACAAAUUGUGGAACUUCACCAUUUUCUUGCCCAUGUAUAAGGACAGGAUUGCAUCAGAAAUGGUGGCAGAAUCUCACAGAGUCAAGGAGAGUUCGUAUGGUAGAUUAGUGUGGAAAAACUGGUCUAUGGAGAUGUUUGUCAGAAAAAAGUUUGACUGGAAGUCGCUGGUCAAGCAACAGGAAGAGGCAUAUUAUGGUCAACCCGAGGAAGGAGUUGAAAGUGACAAAAAGAAAAAGCCAAUCGAAUUGAAAAUGGAGCAGCUUUACAAGAAGAAACAGGUCCAGGAAGAAAAAGCCAAGAGAAGCGCAGAUGACUUAGGAAAUGUCAACCAAGAGAGACUCAAAAGAAUUAAGGUGAGAGGGCGUAACCGUUAA